AUGACACCUAUGGUUCAUCUGCUGCUGCUCCUGCUCCUGCUCGGCACUGCUGGUGGGAAGGGCCUGGAGGAGAAGAAGGGCCCGUUAGAGAACAAGGUUCUGGAUGUACCUGAGGCGACACCAGUACCCUAUCCUAUUUAUCAGUUCAUAUCAUCCCAUCCAAAUGUGAAUGGGUUCAGGCUGAAUGGAGAAGGAGCGCAAGUUGUUAUGAUCUCUGAUGAUGGAUGGCUCUACCUGGACGAGCCUCUAGACUGGGCCAAAGACGACCAUUAUGUUAUCGGGGUGGAGGCGCUGACAGACAGUGUAGUAGUGGAGGGCCCAGUUUUUGUGACCAUAAAUGUGCUGGAUGUCAACAACAACGCUCCAUUCUUCAACCAGACUGACUACACUGCCAUGGUUAAAGAAAACAAUCCUGCAGGUGUUCCGAUUGUCCGUGUGUUUGCGUCGGAUUUGGACGACCCCGAGACUCCUAACGCUCAUCUCAGCUACAGCCUUGUCAGCCAGAUCCCCAACAGACAUAACAAACUUCUCUUCCAGAUUGACCCUGUCACUGGAGUGAUCUCCACCACAGAAGAGGGGGAGAAGAUGCUGAAGGCCAGAGAGGCCAUCCUGUACAGCAGGGGCGAGGGCCACAGCACUGAUGCUCUGCAGAGGAAGUUUGAGGAGUUUUGCCCUGCACAGAGUAUCCCCUACGAGCAGAACCCCUUCUACAUGUGUGUUGAGAGAGCAGAGAUGAGGAGGAAAAACAUAGACCCCCUGGAGGACCCAGACUUCACCCUGAUUGUGCGAGUGCAGGACCUCGGUGGAGCGUCAGGGAAUGCGCUGAGUGGAAACACCAAGGUGCACAUCGUUGUGCAGCCGAACCUGUGGAUCAACCCUGGACCAGUCACUGUUAGGGAACACCUUGACAUAAGUUACCCUAUAGUCAUCACUAAGGUCCAGUCCAAUGAGCCCAGCGCUGUCUAUAGGCUAGUGCAGAAGGAGCGAGAGCUGAAAUUCCCGUUCAGCAUCACAACGGAGGGAGAGAUACAGCUGAUGGAGGAACUGGAUAGAGAAGAGAAGGACAUGUACAUCCUGGUGGUGUUGGCUGAGGAUGGCCAUGGCAAUGAGGUGGACCCACCCAUGGAGAUUCAUGUUGUGGUGGAAGAUGUGAAUGACAACCCACCUGUGUGUGGGGAGGAGGAAAGUGUAUUUGAAGUGCAGGAGGAUGAGCCUAUGGGCAGCCAAAUAGGAACGCUUCUGGCCCAUGAUGCUGAUGAGCCUGGAACAGGCAAUGCUAUGCUCACGUUUGAAAUCCUGUCCCAGCAUCCUGACACCAAUACCUUCACCAUGGAUGGCCCUACUGGACAAAUGCAGACAAUGCGUGUGCUGCAGCGAAAAGAUGCCACAGAGUACCACCUCACUGUUCGUGUCAGCGACCCUGAUUUCACAACACAGUGCAGAGUCACCAUCAAGGUCAUCGACAUCAACAACGAGCUGCCUCUGUUUGAGAAGAAUGAUUAUGGGAGUCACACUCUUGCGGAGGACACUCCUGUGGGACACACUGUGCUGACCCUGAAGGCAACAGAUGCCGAUGACCCAGGCAGCGGCAGCUCCCGCAUUGAGUUCCACAUCUCUGCUGGUAAUGAUGACGAAGUCUUUGCCAUUGAAACAGACGGCGAUGGUGAGGGCAGACUGGUUGUAGUUAAGCCUCUGGACUUUGAAACCACUCCUUUACAUGAGCUCAAGAUCGAUGCCCGUAACCCUGAGCCCCUGAUGAAAGGUCUGGAAUACGGCAGUGACUCCUCUGCCUCCUUGUCUGUAUCUGUCACUGAUGUGGACGAGGCCCCAGAGUUCAGCCUGGACACUCUGGAUGUGGCUGUGUUUGAAAACAUCUCUAAAGGAGGCGUCCUGCUCAAGGUGGAGGCCAAGGACCCAGAGGGCAAAGAGAUUGGCUUCAAGUUGGACGGAGAUGCCCACGGCUGGCUGCAGAUCGAUGCUGCCACAGGAGAGAUCACGGCCAAAGGCAAACUGGACAGAGAGACCGCCGAGACGUUCGAGGUCACUGUCACUGCUUUCGAGAAAGCCAACCCAGAGAAAUCCACCGAGCAUGUCAUGUCUGUGAGGUUGUUGGAUGUGAACGACAACACCCCCAAGCUGGUAGAGUCCCAGGCCUUCAUCUGUGUGCAGAAGCCCCAGCCCGUCAUCAUUCGGGCCCAAGAUGCAGAUGAAGACCCCUUCGCCGGCCCCUUCACUUUUACCUUUGGCAACGGCAAGAAAUCCCACAACUGGGACCUGGUCGCUGUUGAUGGUACAUCGGCUAAACUAACCAUGAAGAAAAAGCCAAGCGAAGACAAAACCUUCUCACUUCCCAUUACUGUCAAAGACAACGCAGGUUUGGGCGUCCCACAAUCAUUUGAGGUGAGAGUAUGUAACUGCACAGAGCUCGGGUACUGCUACACUGCACCAGGUGACCAUGGCUUCAAGUAUGGAAUGGGAGCCACCAUCGGCAUCCUUGCUGGAAGUCUUGGAUUUGCCGCUCUGAUCUUCAUCAUCGCCGUCAAUCAGGCAAAGAAGACGAACAAAAAGAAAGCCACUGUUGUGGAGGGAGACACGGAUGCCAUGCUGUAGAGAUCACACACACACACACACACACACAGACACACACACACAGACACACACACUUGUUUUAGCCUAUUUUAUUUUAUUUGCAAGGGAGAGAGGUGGAAAAGAUUGUUGUCAUAGCUGUACUUUAUUACACUACCUGGUCUUAUCCUAAUCAUACAUUUAUUCAGCUCAGUGACUUAAUUUAUUAAAAUUUUGACUCUCAGGCUGAGGUUGUUGCAUGGUCUCAUUCAUUUUAAUAUCUCAUUUGAUAAUAGUAUAACAGUUUGUUUAUGGCCCAGAGCUCAUUUUACUAUUGCUUUUGCUAGCUUGAUGAUUUCAGUUGUUAUUGUGGUUGUUUUUUGAUAUGCUGUUCUAUCAAUGAUAGCUGUGCUUCACAGCUGGCUGCUGAAACCUGUUAGAACAAUUUAUCCAACCUAGA